CGUGUGCCAGUGCCGUGUCCUCUCCGCAUCACUGGGAGUCGUUCCGGAGUGGAAGUGUACUUAUUUGGACCAUGCAAACGUUUGAUCUUCUUGGGUAGUUUAAGAUUUCACUUGUCAGCUGAUGCCUUUUUCAAAGCCGCUAUAAGCCUCAUUCCAGAAGUUCCAAAGAUGAUUAAUAUCGAUGGAAAGAUGCGACCGUCGGAAUCAUUCCUUCUGGAAUUCCUCUGCAAUUUCUUUUCUACUUUAUUAAUAGUUCCGGAUCAUCCCGAACAUGGGGUCCUGUUUCUUGUUCGAGAGCUUCUCAACGUGAUCCAGGACUACACCUGGGAGGACAGCAGUGACGAUAAAAUCCGCAUCUACACCUGCGUCCUGCACCUCCUCUCCGCCAUGAGCCAGGAGAACUACCUCUACCACAUAGACAAAGUUGACUCCAACGACAGCCUGUAUGGGGGAGACUCCAAGUUUCUGGCUGAAAACAAUAAGCUGUGUGAGACGGUGAUGGCUCAGAUCCUGGAGCACCUGAAAACCUUGGCCAAAGAUGAGGUAGGUGUCCUCUGCCUGCUCACUCUGAAUGCACAAGUUUCCAGGGUGGGUUGGACAUUGUUCCGUUCUGGAAAAGAAACUCGGUCAUGUGGGUAAUGUGUUUCUGUGCAGACUGAUAACUGAGCACUUCAUCCAGGGCUUUUGCUCCUGUACUAAAUGCUCUGUUUUUCAGUUGCUUGCCUCUCCUACCAGAAUGUCAGCCCAGGGACCUUGUGACAUGAGUCUCGGAGACCUCCCUGUCUCUGUCCCAUGUGUCACUCACCACAGCAUCCCCCCACCUUGAACAGAGGCCCGCAUACAGCAGGUGCUUCAUCCGUACAUGCUGAAUAAAUUGCCUGUAUUUUGCAUAUCUUAGGUUUUUUUCAUGCCCACAACCAGCCUGAGAUGGAAGUGCUCUGUUUAUUCUCAUUGGACAGUAAAGGAAACUGAGGCUUAGAGAGGUUUCUCCACAGCCCUGGGUUUCCUCUGGUGAUAGAACAGUGUCGUCACCCUGAUCCCCGAGGCUGAACUUUGAACCACUGCGUUGCCCUCCUCGACCAAGGCCUUUUGCUUUCUUACCUUGUAAGAAGUGGCAUGUAGUUCCUCUCCCACCACAGUGGAGGUUCUGUUUCUCCAGCCUUUGUUUUUGUUUUUUUUUUAAGAUUUUAUUUAUUC